GCCGAGCCGGACCGGGCCCCCUGCCCCUCUCCAAGGUUGGCUCCACCUCCCGCUUCCUGCAAACUCUACUUAACUACUUUUCCAAGGAGCGCUGAGCUCUCUGCAUCCGGGCCAGGCUGGCUUUAUUAAAUGAAGUUCCUGCAGGGCAAAGACAGGAAUUUACCUGGAUCAUCUGUUGGCUCCUCUGCAGGGAGGGAGUACAGAAUGUGAAGCCAGGGGAGAGACCUGGAAUAUGAAGCCUGUCUACCGGUGCCUGGACUCUGCAUUGUAGUGACUGCAUCUUGCAACCUAAGGAGGAAGAAGGGACAAGCUGUUCACUGCUGAUUUAAAAAUGGCAGCCAGUGUCUCUCCACUGGACUGUGAAAGGAGACUUCGGACCUUGAUGUCUGUCUGUUGGGCGCCCCGGGAAGGCUGCUGUCUAGUUGACACAGCUUUCUCAUAUUGAGCGGAGCAAGGGCAGCAUGGCUCAGAAAGUGUGGGUCAGCAUGGUCUUCCACAACCGCAAAGCCCAGCUCCUGCUGGUCAACUCUCUGACGUUCGGCCUGGAGGUCUGCCUGGCUGCUGGGAUCACCUACGUGCCACCACUCUUGCUAGAAGUGGGCGUGGAGGAGAAGUUCAUGACCAUGGUUUUGGGGAUCGGGCCUGUCCUGGGCCUUGUCUUUGUACCACUGAUUGGCUCCGCCAGCGACCACUGGCACAGCAGCUACGGCCGGCGGCGGCCCUUCAUCUGGGUCUUGUGCCUGGGAGUCCUGCUGAGCCUCUUCAUCAUCCCCCAUGCCAGCCGCCUGGCAGGCCUCUUCGCCCUCAACGCUCACCCCCUGGAGAUUGCCUUCCUUAUCCUGGGCAUUGGCUUGCUGGACUUCUGCGGCCAGGUCUGCUUCACUCCCCUAGAGGCCUUGCUCUCGGACCUGUUCCAGGAGCCCGACAACUGCCGGCAGGCUUUCUCCAUGUACGCCUUCAUGAUCAGCCUGGGUGGCUGCGUCGGCUAUCUGCUUCCGGCCAUCAACUGGGCCGGUAGCUUCCUGGCCCCUUACCUGGGGGGGCAGGAGAAGUGCCUCUUCAGCCUCCUCACCGUCAUCUUCCUGGGCUGCGUCCUGGCCACCCUCUUUGUGACGGAGGAAGCAGUGGGGCAGGUGGACGCUCUGGCAGGCCCCGCGCUGAAGGACUCUUCCCCCAAGCCCCCGUCCCCCAGCUGCUGCUUGUGCCAGGUUUCCAAGAGCCUCUUGAGAGCCAGGCAUGUGGUCCAGGCCUUGAGGAACCUCUGUGCGUUGGUCCCACGGCUGCAUGGCCUCUGCUGCCGCAUCCCCAAGGUGAUCCGGCGGCUCUUCGUGGCUGAGCUAUGCAGCUGGAUGGCCCUCAUGACUUUCAUGCUGUUCUACACGGACUUCGUUGGCGAAGGGCUGUACCAGGGUGUUCCCAGGGCCGAGCCGGGAACAGAAGCCAGACGUCACUAUGAUGAAGGCGUCCGCAUGGGCAGCCUGGGCCUGUUCCUCCAAUGCGUUAUCUCCAUCUUCUUCUCAACAAUCAUGGACCGGCUGGUGAAGCAGUUUGGAACCCGGGCAGUCUACCUGGCCAGCGUGGCAUUCUUCCCCCUGGCUCCUUUCGUCAUAUGCUUCUCCCAGAGCGUCCUCAUCGUUACUGUCUCGGCCGCCCUGACGGGCUUCACCUUCUCUGCGCUCCAGAUCCUGCCGUACACGCUGGCGUCGCUGUAUCACCAUGACAAGCAGGUUUUUUUGCAUAAGUACAAAAGCAAAGAAAAGGAAGAUGCUGCUCAGCUGGACAAGAAAUCAGGCUUCCCCAAAGGCCCCCUCUCCAGCCAGAAGCUGACCUACCAGAACGGCCAUGCUGGGGGCCUCUUCUCCUCCUCUCUUCCAGCUGCCAGCUCGGCCCUGUGCGUCGGCUCCCCCUGCGAGGUCUCGCUCAUGAUGAGGGUGGGAGACUCAGACCCUGCAGCGCCUGGUCGAGGGAUCUGCCUGGACCUGGCUAUUUUAGACAGCGCUUUCCUCCUUUCUCAGGUGGUCCCAUCCCUCGUCAUGGGCUCGAUCGUCCAGUUUACACAGUCGGUGACUGCCUACAUGGUGUUCGCCACCGGCCUCGGGUUGGUGGCUAUUUACUUUGCAACCAAAGUCGUCUUUGAUAAAAGCGAUAUGGCCAAGUGUUCGGUGUAAAACAGGGUACGUGUGCACGUGGCACACCGCCAACUUGUUUGUACACGUGCCUUGACACUAUAUACUAUGGCAGGCUGCACGUUGUGCACACCUCCUUUCUGUCUCUCAUGCUGUUUCUGUGGGGCAUGGGGCUGGGGAGAGGCUGUUGGGCUAAGUGCGGGUGUAUUAGGAAGGGCACCAGGCUGUUCUAUCUCCCACCAUCAGAGCUUGCCCCGUGCUGCUUUUGUCUAAGAGCAGUGUUGCCCAGAGGGCAUCAGUGAGGUGACAGGAGAAGAGUUUCCCGUCAGUCACAGGGUUAAAUUUCUGUGCAAUUCCGCAGUUUCAUCCCGGAGGGAGAGUGCUCCUCCUCUCAUUCCUGGAGAGAGAAGCUUAAAUCCUGCCUUGCUCUGGCAGGCCUCACCUUGCUUCAAAAGUGUAAAUCCCCUCGCUGACUGGUGGCCGCUGUGGACUGGAAUAUUUGGGGGACAGGCGGGAGGGUGCUGCAUUGACAGAGCUGGGCGGGGGUGGGGGAGAAUGGGGUAUUGCAGGUCAGGACGCGGGUGCAUUGGCAGAGCUGUAUGGACGCAGUCCUGCAUGGCACAGGGGUGCUGGAGGUGCAUGGGCAGAGCCUGGCUCUGUCCAGGGCUGGUAAUCCCAUUGCUCUGGUGAGCACCACACUAAGUGACCGCUCGGUGUUAGUGUACUCCAGACUGCCCUGCAGAACUGGCCGGCUGCUCUGUGCACCAAAAGUGCCUGAAACCUAUUUGCAGUAGCCUUAUAAAAUGGCCUGGUUAGAGGCAGUAGGCAGAGUUGAUUUAACAAGGCUCCAGGGCCCCGUUUUUAUGGCACUGCUCAGACCUCAUCAGCCUGAACAUUACCCUGUAUUCAAGUGCAAUAUUCCCCAGCGGAAUGUGCAGGGUCUGGCGUCCUCUGUGUCCUGCAGGGGCUGGAAGCACUUAUCCUUUGUCCCCCUGCCUGAGGCAUGUUAAUGGGACACCCUGUCCCAGGUUACUGCUCUGAAGUCCUUUCCAUGUAGGAGAUGCACUAAGCCCUUGGGCGAGAUCCUGUCCAGGCUGCCCUGUUGCAUGGCUUAAUAAUUGGACGUGCUGCCCUGUCUUCGGGUCACAUUCACUGAUGGUGUGAGCAGGCACAUAUACCCUGCCCUUUGAAGGGUGUGCAGGAGACUCUUCCACUGCAUAAACCCCUGCUGGUGCCUAGCCUUGCCAUCCCUUCCUUGUCCUUAUUCAUCCACAUGGCUCUGCCUGCCCCUCUCCCUCCCCACCUCAUGAGGUGCUUCCUCCAUUUCAAAUCUCUUGUUCCUCACAUUCUCUGUCUUCUCCACCCACGUUGGGUCCCCUUGAUUCCCGUUCCCCUCCACUCGGGAAUAGCUUUGAUGCCAAUAGGGUGCAGUCAUUCCCUCCGACAGGAGAGUAAGCUGGAGCAGGCUCGAGAGGCGACCCUGUAGCAUGUCCUGGGUUCUACUCCCCUGUAGGGACAUCUUUCUGCUUUGCCCCUUUUUCAAAGGGAAGAAGCCAAGAAUGACCUUUCCACUGAUCUGGUCCUGCUCUUGCUGCCAUGAAUUGAUGGCAGAGCUGUCCUGGAUUCUGAAAUCCUGCUGCUGCAGAGAUCGUUCCCAGCUAAGAGGAUAUUCCCAGGUCAGUUAUAUCCCACCCACCAUGAGUCACCCUUAUGGAAACAUGGGGUGUCUAUACUGCAACGCAAGCCAGGGGUAGUAGAACUUGAGUUAGCAAACUGGGGGUUUGUUAACCUAGGGCUUGAGCGUCUGUGCUCAUUUGGAAGCCCAGCUUAGGAACCGUUGAACUCUGGGUCCCAACCUGGGACUCCAGCAUCUACACUGUAUUAUGUGCACCCAAAUUCAACCACCCAUAGACCAGACUUCCUCACGCCCUACCAACAUGUGGUCAGGGCCGGCGCUUCCAUUA